GCACCGGCUUCAACACCAGGAUUGGUCGCAAGUAGGAAGCUUUCGCCACUACACUGGGACCGUCGGACUGUGCCGGCGCCGCACCCGAAGCGGUAGCGGGCUCCGCGCUCAGGUGCUCAGGUGAUAUGCAAUUGAACUUGAGAUGAAUAACGUAUUUGGGGGAAUUGUUGACAUAUAGUAACUCCACAGCAUGUGGCCCCAGGAACUGCCCUAAAUGGGGCCCUGGCAGUACGGGACAGCAGCAGGGCACAGUAGAGCCAUUGAGAAAUUGUCAUCAAGCAUGCAAUAUACAAAACAGAUUAAAGGUUGAAUACAACUUAAAAGAAACAGCUAUUUUAUUCACCUGUUAUUGGACUUGAAACUCCUUUGACCUCAGAAACUGAAGAUGAGGUUGCCAUGGGAACUGCUGGUGCUGCAGUCAUUCAUGUUGUGCCUUGCAGAUGACUACACACUGCAUGGCCCAAUUUUCAUUCAAGAACCAAGUCAUGUAAUGUUCCCUUUGGACUCUGAGGAGAAAAAAGUGAAGCUCAGUUGUGAAGUUAAAGGGAAUCCAAAACCUCAUAUCAGGUGGAAGUUAAAUGGAACAGAUGUUGACAUUGGUAUGGAUUUCCGCUACAGUGUUGUUGAAGGCAGCUUGUUGAUCAAUAACCCCAAUAAAACCCAAGAUGCUGGAACGUACCAGUGCAGAGCAACAAACUCGUUUGGAACAAUUGUUAGCAGAGAAGCAAAGCUUCAGUUUGCUUACCUUGAAAACUUUAAAACAAGAACGAGAAGCACCGUGUCUGUCCGCCAAGGUCAGGGGAUGGUACUACUGUGCGGCCCACCAGCCCAUUCUGGAGAGCUGAGCUAUGCCUGGAUUUUCAAUGAAUACCCUUCCUAUCAGGAUAAUCGCCGCUUCGUUUCUCAAGAGACUGGGAAUCUGUAUAUUGCCAAAGUAGAAAAAUCAGAUGUUGGAAAUUAUACCUGUGUGGUUACAAAUACAGUGACAAACCAAAAGGUCCUGGGGCCACCCACACCGCUAAUAUUGAGAAAUGAUGGGGUGAUGGGUGAAUAUGAGCCAAAAAUAGAAGUGCAGUUCCCAGAAACGGUCCCGACUGCAAAAGGAACAACAGUGAAGCUGGAAUGCUUUGCGUUAGGAAAUCCAGUACCAACUAUUAUCUGGAGAAGAGCUGAUGGAAAGCCGAUAGCAAGGAAAGCCAGAAGACACAAGUCGAAUGGAAUUCUUGAAAUCCCUAAUUUUCAGCAGGAGGAUGCUGGUUGGUACGAAUGUGUGGCUGAAAAUUCAAGAGGGAAAAACAUAGCAAGGGGACAGCUGACUUUCUUUGCUCAACCUAAUUGGAUUCAAAAAAUAAAUGACAUUCAUGUGGCCAUUGAAGAAAAUGUCUUCUGGGAAUGUAAAGCCAAUGGAAGGCCCAAACCUACAUACAGGUGGCUGAAAAAUGGUGAACCACUGUUAACUCGGGAUAGAAUUCAUAUCGAGCAAGGAACACUCAACAUAACAAUAGUGAACCUCUCAGACGCUGGCAUGUAUCAGUGUGUGGCAGAAAAUAAACAUGGAGUUAUCUUUUCCAGCGCAGAGCUUAGUGUUAUAGCUGUGGGCCCGGAUUUUUCAAGAACCCUCUUAAAAAAAGUAACUCUUGUCAAAGUGGGAGGUGAAGUUGUCAUUGAGUGUAAGCCGAAAGCUUCUCCGAAACCUGUCUACACCUGGAAGAAAGGAAGGGACAUAUUAAGAGAAAAUGAAAGAAUUACCAUUUCUGAAGAUGGAAGCCUCAGAAUCAUCAAUGUGACUAAAUCAGAUGCUGGAAGUUAUACCUGCAUAGCCACUAACCAUUUUGGAACUGCUAGCAGUACUGGAAACCUGGUAGUAAAAGAUCCAACAAGGGUAAUGGUACCCCCUUCCAGUAUGGAUGUCACUGUUGGAGAAAGUAUCGUUCUGCCAUGCCAGGUAACCCACGAUCACUCGCUAAACAUCGUGUUUACUUGGUCAUUUAAUGGACACCUGAUAGACUUUGACAAAGAUGGGGACCACUUUGAAAGAGUCGGAGGGCAGGAUUCAGCUGGUGAUUUGAUGAUCCGAAACAUCCAGCUGAAGCAUGCUGGGAAAUACGUCUGCAUGGUCCAGACAAGUGUAGACAAGCUGUCUGCCGCUGCUGACCUGAUUGUGAGAGGUCCUCCAGGCCCCCCAGAGGCUGUGACCAUAGAUGAAAUUACAGACACCACCGCUCAGCUCUCCUGGAGACCCGGGCCUGACAACCACAGCCCCAUCACCACGUAUGUCAUUCAAGCCAGGACUCCGUUCUCCGUGGGCUGGCAAGCAGUUAAUACAGUCCCAGAACUCAUUGAUGGGAAGACCUUCACAGCAACUGUGGUGGGUUUGAACCCUUGGGUCGAAUAUGAAUUCCGCACAGUUGCAGCCAACAUGAUUGGGAUUGGGGAGCCCAGUCAGCCCUCUGAGAAGCGGAGGACAGAAGAGGCCCUCCCUGAAGUCACCCCAGCUAACGUCAGUGGAGGCGGAGGCAGCAAAUCUGAACUGGUUAUAACCUGGGAGACGGUCCCUGAGGAAUUACAGAACGGCAGAGGCUUUGGUUACGUGGUGGCCUUCCGGCCUUAUGGCAAAAUGAUCUGGAUGCUGACCGUUUUGGCCUCCGCGGACGCCUCCAGAUACGUGUUCAGGAAUGAGAGCGUGCAUCCCUUUUCUCCCUUCGAGGUUAAAGUGGGCGUCUUCAACAAUAAAGGAGAAGGCCCUUUCAGUCCCACCACGGUGGUAUAUUCUGCAGAAGAAGAACCCACCAAAGCACCAGCCAACAUCUUUGCCAGAAGUCUUUCUGCAACAGACGUUGAAGUCUUCUGGGCCUCCCCUAUGGAAAAGAAUAGAGGUCGGAUACAAGGGUAUGAGGUAAAAUAUUGGAGACAUGAUGACAAAGAAGAAAAUGCUCGAAAAAUACGAACAAUAGGAAAUCAGACAUCAACAAAAAUCACCAACUUAAAAGGCAGUGCUCUGUAUCAUUUAGCUGUCAAGGCAUAUAAUUCUGCAGGGACAGGCCCCUCCAGUGCGACGGUCAACGUGACAACCAGAAAGCCACCGCCAAGUCAACCCCCUGGAAACAUCAUAUGGAAUUCAUCGGACUCCAAAAUUAUCCUGAAUUGGGAUCAAGUGAAGGCCCUGGAUAAUGAGUCGGAAGUAAAAGGAUACAAAGUGUUGUACAGAUGGAGCAGACAAAGCAGCACAUCUGUCAUUGAAACAAAUAAAACAUCAGUGGAGCUUUCUUUGCCUUUUGAUGAAGAUUAUAUAAUAGAAAUUAAGCCAUUCAGUGAUGGAGGCGAUGGCAGCAGCAGUGAACAGAUUCGAAUUCCAAAGAUAUCAAAUGCCUAUGCAAGAGGAGCCGGGCCAUCUACUUCCAACGCAUGCACGCUGUCGGCCAUCAGUACGAUCAUGAUCUCCCUCACAGCCAGGUCCAGUUUAUGACAACAGUUCUCUAAAAGACUUGCUGUUUAUAAUAUAAGCAACAUUUAGCUAGUUGUUUUGAAGACACCCAGUACUAAGUAAUAUUGUUGUUCGAGUACAUCUUAUUACUGGAAAAAAAAAUGUUUUUUGCUUCUUUAGGAAUGGCAUUCUACAGUACUUCCUCAAAGCAAAUCUAGCUUUGUCUGAAGUUUCUUUGGAAACUCUGC